AGGCUUAAAGGGGCCGCGCUGCGCUGCGGGACUGCCCAGCUCAGCGAUGGCGAGGCCCGGACACGCCAGGAGCCGUCCGUCGUUGGCGGAAGAUGAGGAUGAGGAGGCCGAGGACCCUGUGGACGCCAUGAUCUCGCGGACGGGCUGCGCGGCGCAGCACCGAGAGCUGCAGGAGUGCAUGGCGGCGCAGCAGGACUGGCGGCACUGCCAACCCCAGGUCCGGGCUUUCGGCGAGUGCAUGGCCCGGCGGCAGCGUGCCGAGGAGCUGCGCCGGGAGUCCGGCUCGCGCCAAGCCCACAACUCGCCUGCCAGGGACUGAAAUCACCGGGCACCCCUGCUCCCGGCACCGCUGGCCAGCCCACAGUCGGCACCCCAGGAACGGGGCGGCUGCGCCAUUUGACCCUUUUUUGUGUUAUUUUUUAUUCAAGCAGAUGGAUGUGCUGGUAAAUCCACGCUAUGUUGUUGGGAAAUUAAAUCCGGUAGCAU